AUGGAGAAGUACUUUGAGCUCCACAACAUGUCUAACGUAACUAAGGCAGUAUGGGCUGCUUAUCUGCUUACUGGAGAAGCUACGACAUUAUGGGAUAAUGAGAAAUCUAAAAGGAAGUUGCAACCUGGAGAUGGAAAGGUGCAUUACUUAGGUCAUGUUAUAACCGUUGAAGGAAUUUCAGUUGAUCCGGCAAAGAUAGAAGCAAUAGUGGAUUGGCCAACACCUCAGAAUGUUUUAGAGAUCCAAAGUUUUAUGGGUCUUGCAGGAUAUUACAAGAAGUAUGUGGAAGGAUUUUCUAGGAUAGCAACACCUAUUACUUCACUUCAAAAGAAGGAGAAAAUAUUUGAGUGGACUAAGAAGUGUGAAGAUUCAUUUCAGCUCCUGAAGCAGAAAUUGACAACAGCACCAGUCUUGACUAUACUCGAUCCCAAUGGACACUUAAUAGUGAUUAGAGACGCCUCUGGUGAAAUUGUGUGA